AGUAUUCUCUUCAGGCUAUUGGCAAUCCGUAUAGUGAGGUUUUACGAAGCGAAUUUGCUGAAUUUGUCAAGGUUCAUAAGGUCAACAACCACAUCAAUUUCUUAAGAAACAUAAGGAUAUCUUCAUUAACAACAAGAAUGUCAUUUUUGAUAGACGUCAAGGCUCUUGCUGGUCUCUUUCAAAAGGCAACGAAACCAUUGGUACUAUUGGAUGCUACCUGGUACAUGCCGAAUGACCCAAAGAAUGGACACGACGAGUUUUUGAAGAACAGACUUCCUGGAGCCCAAUUUUUUGACAUUGAUGGAGUGAAGGAUUUCAAUAAUCCUCUGCCUCAUAUGCUUCCCACAGCAUCUUUGUUUGCGGAGUAUAUAGGAAAACUCGGUAUUGACAGAAACUCUAGUGUUGUCGUAUACGACCGGAUCGGUCUGUUUUCUUCACCUCGAGUGUAUUGGACGUUCAAGGUGUUUGGACAUGAAGAUGUUUCAAUACUGUCUGGUGGGUUGCCUGCCUGGACUGAAGCUGGUUUCGAACUUGAAACCGGCGAACCAAAUGCAGCAGUGCCGAAGGAGUACAAAGGUGCAGUCUUGAACAAGAACUUGGUUGCAAGUUUUGAGGAUAUUAUUGAAAUUUCUCAAGGACCAAAUGCUCAAAAUGCUAUCGUAGUUGAUGCCAGAGCUCCCGAACGGUUUAACGGAAGUGUCCCGGAAGUCAGACCUGGAAUCGCUUGCGGUUGCAUUCCCAAAUCCAUUAAUGUAUUUUUCAAAGAUGUCUUAGACAACUCUGGUCUUCAUCUUAAGCCUGUUGAUGUCCUGAAACAGCUUUUUGUGUCGAAGGGGCUCGCGGAUCCCAAGCAACCUAUCGUAACAUCUUGUGGUUCGGGUAUUACCGCCAGUACUCUGUUUGUUGCCUUACAUGCUGCAGGCUAUAGCAAUGUUCGUGUGUACGAUGAAUCCUGGACAGGGUACGGCAAGCGAGCUGCUGAAGAUCCUAAACUACUUGGUCAUUAAAAUACCGAACUCAACAGACACAGUUAUGACUUGUAUGCGCCCUGAUGAAAGAGCAAUUUCUACUCUUCAUCAUUAAUUUGUUAUGUUUUGUUUUUUACAAUAUUAUUUUAUUAAAGCAAACAAAAGGAAGGACACCCAAUUUCCGGAGUGAGGAAUAUAAAAAAACCAUUUUAAACCCUUAGGAAGUAAACGAACCGUUGCUCCGCAUUCACUAAUUUAACAAUACACAAGCACAUAAGGACAACUUUUCUUAGAUCGACGGUCGGUAGCAACUCAUACGGGGCUUUCUCUGUAAUGGGUCAAUUGGUUCAACAGUGGUCCAAGAAAGGGGACACCGCGAAGGAAUCCCUUUACUAAAGGGAAAGACGAAGAGAAGAGGUUGAUGAAACCGAACAGCUGGAUGAAGAAACCAGCGAUGGGAAAGUGAAAGAAAAUCAGCAAAGCACCAGUAAAGAAGCCGAUGGUGCCUAAAGCCUUUUCUUUCCGAAGAAAGAAGUACGACAUCCUGCUUAUACCCAUCAAUAGACUGAUGCCCGACAUCAGGAGGAUCUAAAAGACGCAAAUUAGAGACUCGUCCUUAAUACUUGCAACUGAGUGUCUGCCGCUAAGAAAAGACACUCGUCAAGGUGUAUCACAUACGUUUCCUAAUGACAGGAAGGGCCCAUCAAAGAGCAUAAAAAGACCCUUUAUGGAUGUGUCAGUUUUUCAAUGCAAGAGUUCAUAAAAGUUCCUUACUAUUACGAAGAAUAAAAGCCCUAAAGCAGUCAAACUUGCUCCAAUUUCUGUCAAAUUUUGUUAGCGGAUUUUUCAACUCGUUGACAAACUAACUCUGCAAAUCCGAGAGCCACAUGAUGCUAAGCGAUUGCAGUUUGGGUUUUAACCUGGAAGGAGCAGGGUUUUAACUCAGCGAAAAAAACGUAAACAAUUGACUACAGCUCGCUUAACGACGUCACUCUAGUGGGGCUUUGUGGGGGCGCAUUUGGUGGUGAGAAAAGUCCUCGGGCUGAAGGUCGUAUAGCGCGACUCUAACGAGCUGCACAAAAG